UAGAAUGCGUCCCAGAGAACGUUCGAGAUCGACUACAACCGCAACUGCUUCCUUAAGGAUGGCCGGCCAUUCCGCUACAUCUCGGGCAGCAUCCACUACUUUCGCGUGCCCCGCUUCUACUGGAAGGACCGGCUGCUGAAGAUGAAGAUGGCUGGGCUGAACGCCAUCCAGAUAUACGUGCCCUGGAACUUCCAUGAGCCCCAGCCAGGACAGUACCAGUUCUCCGAGGAGCGUGAUGUGGAGCAUUUCAUUCAGCUGGCACAUGAGCUGGGGCUGCUAGUGAUCCUGAGGCCUGGACCCUACAUCUGUGCGGAGUGGGAGAUGGGAGGAUUACCUGCCUGGCUGCUAGAGAAGGAAAAUAUUGUUCUUCGUUCUUCUGAUCCAGAUUACCUUGCAGCUGUGGACAAGUGGUUGGGAGUCAUUCUGCCCAAGAUGAAGCCUCUCCUGUAUCAGAAUGGAGGGCCGAUUAUCACUGUGCAGGUUGAAAAUGAAUAUGGCAGCUACUUUGCCUGCGACUAUGACUACCUGCGUUUCCUGCAGAAGCGUUUCCACUACUACCUGGGUAACGACGUGGUUCUGUUCACCACCGAUGGCGAAGCGGAGAAACUUAUGGAUUGCGGGGCGCUGCAGGGGCUGUAUGCCACCGUGGACUUUGGACCAGGUGCCAACAUCACAAAUGCUUUCCUAAUCCAGAGGAAAUAUGAACCCAGAGGACCCUUGAUCAAUUCUGAAUUCUAUACCGGCUGGUUAGACCAUUGGGGCCAACCUCAUUCAACAGUGAAGACUGAAGCGGUAGUGUCCUCCCUCCAGGAUAUACUUGCCCAAGGGGCGAAUGUGAACUUGUACAUGUUUAUAGGUGGGACCAAUUUUGCCUAUUGGAAUGGGGCCAACAUGCCCUACCAAGCACAGCCCACCAGCUAUGACUAUGACGCCCCACUGACUGAGGCAGGGGACCUCACGGAGAAGUACUUUGCUGUGCGAGAUGUUAUUCGGAAGUUUGAAAAAGUACCAGAAGGUUUUAUCCCUCCAUCUACGCCGAAGUUUGCGUAUGGAAAAGUUGCGCUGAAAAAGUUACAGACAGUGGAGGAAUCUCUGAACAUUCUGUGUCCCACGGGGCCUAUAAAAAGCCUUUAUCCCCUGACAUUUAUCCAGGUGAAACAGUAUUUUGGGUUCGUGCUCUACCGAACGGUGCUUCCAGAGGACUGCGUCGACCCCACCCCCCUCACGGCACCCUUCGGGGGCGUCCACGACCGGGCCUAUGUCUCUGUGGAUGGGGUUCCCCAAGGAAUCCUUGACCGAAGCUUUGAGACCACUCUGAACAUAACAGGGAGAGCUGGAGCCACCCUGGACCUUCUGGUGGAGAACAUGGGACGGGUGAACUAUGGCCAUUUCAUCAAUGAUUAUAAGGGUCUGGUUUCUAACCUGACCCUCAACUCCAGUAUCCUCACGGACUGGAUGAUCUUCCCAUUGGACACUGAGAACACGGUGUGCCACCUGGGAGGCUGGUACGGCAAUGCCAGAAGCUGCCGUGGUGAAGCCUGUGCCUACAGCUCAUCUAACUACACACUCCCGGCCUUUUACGUGGGGAACUUCUCCAUUCCCAGUGGAAUCCCAGACUUGCCCCAGGACACCUUUAUCCAGUUUCCCGGAUGGACCAAGGGUCAGGUGUGGAUUAAUGGCUUUAACCUUGGUCGCUACUGGCCAGCACGAGGCCCCCAGAUGACCUUGUUUGUGCCACGGCACAUCCUGGUGACGUCGGCCCCGAACACCAUCACGGUGCUGGAACUGGAGCGUGCACCCUGCAGUGAUGACGCCCCAGAACUGUGCACCGUGGAGUUCGUGGACAAGCCGGUUAUCAGUGCAGCUGUGACCUAUAGCCAGCUCCUUCAGGACCUGCCUGAUGAAGACUCAUGACAGGACCGUGUGUGACAAUGAAAGCCUGGGACCUAGCCUUUCACAUACCUCACAUGUCCCCUUGCAGCAGCAGCAUUCAUUGGAGAGUUCAAUUGGAAGAUAGAUUUAGCUUGUGCAUGUUCACCUGAGGUCUCCCUGCAGCCUUGCAGUGACUGACCCACCCCUGCCAAGCGCCACCAUGGCCAUGUCAUGGGGGUGGCAGCCCAGCAGUACACGGGUAUAUCUGCAGUUGGAACAGAAGCUUUCGAGGUGUUUCUGAUUUCUAUUUUGGAAGAAUCAUGUUGUCUUUUUGUGAAAUAAAAUUUGCACUU